GAUAAUUUGAAAAAGAUGAAAAUACAUAAAACCAUCCCUAAAUAAAUGAUAUUUAGUGUAUCAGAUAUAACUAAUAUUCAUCGUAUUCCAUGUUUUCGGAAUGCAAUCUUAUAUGGUAUAGCAAGUGGUGUUAUACUAGGCGCUAUUCGUAUUAUUUUUCAUGCACCGAUUAUGAAGGCAUGCCAUACAUGUAUUGGUACAUUUUGUUGUAUUAGUAUUGUAUCAUGGGAAGGAUGCCGAUAUCAACGUUAUAUCGAAAAAAGAAAUAUAAAAAUAAGUGUUGAUAAAUAUCCAGAAGAAACAAAAGUAAAGACAUGAGCGAUAAUUGACAAUAAACCUUCCGGAGAAGUUUUAAUUUGGAAAG